AUGGUUGUUGACUUAAGAAAGCGAACUUGCACAUGCAGAUUUUGGCAAUUGACAGGUAUGCCUUGUAUGCAUGCCAUAUCAUGUAUGCAAGAUAAGAAUGAUAAGAGAGCUGAAGAAUACUGCCAUGAGUGGUUAACCAUGGAAGCAUACCGAAAAACGUAUGCUUUCCAUGUUAACCCAGUCAAGGGCCAAGACUUAUGGGAAAAAACAGGUCGUCCUACACUAGUUUCCCCUCCAAUUAAGCCCAAACCAGGUAGACCCACAAAGAACAGAAGAAAAGACAAAGAUGAAGAAGGAUCUGGUUCCAAGACAAGAAUGAAGAGAAAAUAUAACCCCAUCUGA